AUGUGCGUUCUGGUGGAGCUUGUGCAAAUGCUUAGAAGGUACAGUACUUGGAUCAGCGGAAGAGGAGCAUCAACACCACGGGCAGAGGAGCAGCAGCCGCUAGUUCUUCAGGGUUCCUUUCCGAGCUCUAUAAGUACCACGCGAGAGCAGUCCCCUUUUACCUCCGCCGCCGCAGCAAGCAGAUACCGAGACCCAGUCCGCCUGCCGCGCCGCCGCCUCCGCGAUGAGGGCCAAGUGGAAGAAGAAGAGGAUGAGGAGGCUCAAGAGGAAGCGCCGAAAGAUGAGGCAGCGUUCCAAGUAGGCGAACAAAGAGGAGAUAACCUUGUAUCAAUGCACCAGUCUGUUGGGUCGUUUGGUUCCUGAUAUGUCUUGUUGUUUUGAUAUUGGGGAUGCCAACCCUUGUAACAAGAUGAUUAUAUGCUUAUCUUCAAAGCUGGAUAUUCGGCUUAAGAAAUAUUAUCGGCUAUUUUUGAUU